AAAUCCGAGAAGCCAGAAAGCUGUGAUAAUGUGAAGGUCGUUGUUAGGUGCCGGCCCCUCAAUGAGAGAGAGAAAUCCAUGUGUUACAAGCAGGCCGUCAGUGUGGAUGAGAUGAGGGGAACCAUCACCGUACACAAGACUGAUUCUUUCAAUGAACCGCCAAAGACGUUUACUUUUGAUACAGUUUUUGGACCAGAGAGUAAACAACUUGAUGUUUAUAACUUAACUGCAAGGCCUAUUAUUGAUUCUGUUCUUGAAGGCUACAAUGGAACAAUUUUUGCAUAUGGACAAACUGGAACAGGCAAAACUUUCACCAUGGAAGGUGUUCGAGCUGUUCCUGAACUUAGAGGAAUCAUUCCAAAUUCAUUCGCUCACAUAUUUGGUCAUAUUGCAAAAGCAGAGGGUGAUACAAGAUUUUUGGUUCGAGUGUCUUACUUGGAAAUAUAUAAUGAAGAAGUACGUGACCUUUUGGGCAAGGAUCAGACACAGAGGUUAGAGGUCAAAGAAAGACCUGAUGUGGGAGUUUAUAUAAAAGAUUUAUCAGCUUAUGUGGUAAAUAAUGCUGAUGAUAUGGAUAGAAUUAUGACACUGGGCCACAAAAAUCGUUCUGUUGGUGCAACUAAUAUGAAUGAACAUAGUUCCCGUUCCCAUGCCAUCUUUACAAUUACUAUAGAAUGCAGUGAGAAAGGUGUUGAUGGUAACAUGCAUGUUAGGAUGGGAAAACUCCAUCUUGUAGAUCUUGCUGGUUCAGAAAGACAAGCAAAAACUGGAGCUACUGGACAGCGCCUAAAAGAAGCUACAAAAAUCAACCUUUCACUUUCUACUCUUGGUAAUGUAAUUUCUGCCUUGGUUGAUGGGAAAAGCACUCAUGUGCCUUAUCGUAACUCCAAGUUGACUCGUCUUCUUCAGGAUUCCUUAGGAGGAAAUUCAAAAACCAUGAUGUGUGCAAAUAUUGGGCCAGCAGAUUACAAUUAUGAUGAAACUAUCAGUACAUUACGCUAUGCCAACCGUGCUAAAAAUAUUAAAAAUAAAGCUAGAAUUAAUGAAGAUCCAAAGGAUGCUUUGCUUCGUCAAUUUCAGAAAGAAAUAGAAGAACUGAAGAAAAAGCUUGAAGAAGGGGAAGAAAUAUCAGGAUCUGAUGUCAGUGGGUCAGAGGAUGAUGAUGACGAAGAGGGUGAAGUUGGAGAAGAUGGAGAGAAAAGGAAGAAAAGAAGGGGUAAAAAGAAAGUGUCUCCAGAUAAGAUGGUUGAAAUGCAAGCAAAAAUUGAUGAGGAGAGGAAAGCACUUGAAACAAAGCUUGACAUGGAAGAAGAAGAAAGAAACAAGGCUAGAGCUGAGUUAGAGAAACGAGAAAAGGAUCUUCUGAAAGCCCAACAAGAGCAUCAGUCUUUGCUGGAAAAGUUAUCUGCACUGGAGAAGAAGGUGAUUGUUGGUGGUGUUGAUUUAUUGGCAAAAGCUGAGGAACAAGAGAAACUUCUUGAAGAAUCAAAUAUGGAACUGGAAGAAAGACGGAAAAGGGCAGAACAGCUUCGCAGAGAACUUGAGGAAAAAGAGCAAGAACGCUUGGAUAUUGAAGAAAAAUAUACCAGCUUACAAGAGGAAGCACAGGGAAAGACCAAGAAAUUAAAGAAAGUUUGGACUAUGUUGAUGGCUGCAAAGUCAGAGAUGGCCGAUCUCCAACAAGAACAUCAGCGGGAAAUUGAAGGCCUGCUAGAGAACAUUCGACAACUUAGCCGGGAACUUCGACUUCAGAUGCUAAUUAUUGAUAACUUUAUACCUCAGGAUUAUCAGGAAAUGAUUGAAAAUUAUGUCCACUGGAAUGAAGACAUAGGAGAAUGGCAGCUAAAAUGUGUCGCCUAUACAGGAAAUAACAUGAGGAAGCAGACUCCAGUACCUGAUAAAAAGGAGAAAGAUCCCUUUGAAGUGGACCUUUCCCAUGUGUAUCUCGCCUACACAGAGGAGAGUCUGCGGCAGUCCCUGAUGAAAUUAGAAAGGCCACGAACUUCAAAGGGAAAAGGAAGGCCAAAGACAGGGAGAAGAAAGCGUUCUACAAAACCCGAAACUGUAAUUGACUCUUUACUUCAGUAA